CAUACGCGAGACGUGAGUUCCCACUUUCACCGGCCCCGACCACGUCUCCGCCACCGGCCCCGACCACGUCUCCGGUUCUCCGUCCGGCGGACCACCGCUGUCACGGCCGCACCACGGCAGCCACCACUAGCCUGAACACCAUUCAUGGCUGAGGGAAAUGAUUUGGGCGAACCCAAACUGUUGAAUUGGUUAUGAUGAACAGAUGAAGGCGCGGCAGCUGAUCAAGCAGCUCAUCCACUCGGCUUCCUUCGGCUCAAGCUCCUCCGUCAAAAUUCGAAACUCUUCCCCUCGCGUAAUCAUUCGGUGCUCAUCCACUUCCACCUCCGGCAGCGACUCCAUUCCAGUUAUCUGUAUCAAGAAGAAACUCAGAAAUCAGAAAAUGCGGCGUUUAUUGUCUCUCCAACAUAGAAACCACUUUUCAAGCUAUGUGUCCUCAGCCAACUCACGGAUAGCAUGCUUUGCCCGCUUGGGUCAAAUCAAGGAUGCUCGCAAAGUUUUUGAUCAAUUGCUUAACAAAAAUGUUGCUUCAUGGAAUGCCAUAAUCUCAUGUUACUUCCAAAAUCACCGGCCUAUUGAAGCUCAACAAUUGUUUGAUCAAAUGCCUAGAAGGAAUAUUGUGUCUUGGAAUGGGUUGGUUUCAGGCUACGUGAAAAAUGGGAUGGUAAAUGAGGCAAGAAAGGUGUUUGAACGAAUGCCUGAACGGAAUGUUGUGUCAUGGACAGCUCUUGUUAGAGGUUAUGUUGAGGAAGGGUUGAUAUCUGAGGCAGAAAGCCUUUUCUGGCAAAUGCCAGAAAAGAAUGUGGUGUCGUGGACUGUAAUGUUGGGAGGUAUGAUUCAGGUUGGGAGAAUUGGUGAGGCAAAGAGACUUUAUGACAUGAUGCCAGUGAAGGAUGUGGUGUCAAUGACUAACAUGGUUGGUGGGUAUUGUCUAGCAGGAAGGGUGGAUGAGGCACGUGAAAUCUUUGAUAGCAUGGAAGUAAAGAAUGUCAUUUCUUGGACUUCUAUGGUCACAGGUUAUGCUCAAAAUGACAGGGUAGAUAUUGCCAGGAAGCUUUUUGAGGUCAUGCCUGAGAAGAAUGAGGUGUCGUGGACAGCAAUGCUGCUAGGGUACACUCAGAAUGGAAGAAUUGAAGAAGCAUGGAAGUUGUUCAAAGAGAUGCCUGUAAAACCAACAGCUGCUUGUAAUGCAAUCAUACUUGGGGUAGGACAAAACGGAGAGGUUGACAAGGCAAGGAUGGUGUUUGAUUCUACAAUGGAAAAGGAUGAUGGAACUUGGAGUGCUAUGAUUAAAGUUUAUGAAAGGAAAGGCUAUGAACUAAAUGCACUUAAUUUAUUCCGUUUGAUGCAAAGGGAAGGAGUUCGUCCAAAUUUUCCUUCAUUGAUUAGCACACUCUCAGUUUGUGCAAGUCUUGCAACGAUUGACUAUGGCAGAGAGAUACAUGCGUUAUUAAUCAGAUCCAAGCUUGAUGAAGAUAUUUAUGUCUCCUCAGUGCUAAUUACAAUGUAUGUUAAAUGUGGUGAUCUUGUCAGGGCAAGAAGAAUCUUUGACAGGUUAUCUUCUAAGGAUACUGUCACGUGGAAUUCUAUUAUAACAGGUUAUGCUCAGAAUGGUUUAGGAGAAGAAGCCCUUGAAGUGUUUAGAGAAAUGUGUUCACAGGGCAUUGCACCAGAUGUGGUUACCUUUGUGGGAGUUCUGUCUGCUUGCAGCUACACUGGAAAGGUGAAAGAAGGGCAGGAUAUAUUUGAGUUCAUGAAUUCAAAAUACCUAUUAGAGCCAGAAAGUGAGCAUUAUGCUUGUAUGGUAGAUCUACUUGGUAGAGCUGGUCGCUUGACUGAGGCAAUGGAUUUGAUAGAAAAAAUGCCUAUGGAAGCAGAUGCAGUUAUAUGGGGUUCUUUGCUUGCUGCUUGUAGGAUGCAUAUGAACUUAGAUUUUGCUGAAGUUGCUGGAAAAAAACUUUUACAGCUUGAGCCUGAAAAAACGGGUCCUUAUGUCCUACUUUCUAAUAUUUAUGCAACAAAAGGUAGGUGGGCUGAUGCUGCAGCAGUCAGGAGAGACAUGCGAUCUAGGAAAUUGAGUAAGUCACCUGGUUGCAGCUGGCUUGUGGUGGAGAAGAAAGUGCAUAUGUUCACUGGUGGAGAAAGCAAACCCCAUCCUGAACAUCAAAUGAUCAUCAAAAUGUUGGAUAAAUUAGGUUCCAUGUUAAGAGAAGCUGGAUAUUAUCCUGAUGGUAGCUUUGUUCUACAUGAUGUGGAAGAAGAAGAGAGGGUGCAGAGCUUGCGUUAUCACAGUGAGAAGCUGGCUGUGGCAUAUGGACUUCUCAAGUUGCCUGGGGGGAUACCUAUAAGAGUGAUGAAAAAUUUGCGGGUUUGUGGGGAUUGUCAUUCUGCUAUAAAGCUAAUAGCUAAAGUCACAGGACGAGAGAUCAUUCUUAGAGAUGCAAAUAGAUUUCAUCACUUUAAAGAUGGCUCCUGUUCAUGCAGAGACUAUUGGUGAUUUCACUUACAUAAUGUCAAUAGAUUGGCAAAAGUCCUGAAUUUUCCGUUCAGUAACUUCCAUCUCUUGAGGUCCAAUGGUGAAUAUCCAGCUUUAAGUUGAAAGGAAUUGGUGAUCAAUAUUUUCUCCUUCCAGUUGAGCUGUUCGAACAAGCUUAUAGGAAGGUUUACGAGAGAAUUGAAUGAUAUCAUCUCCUUGUAAUUUACUUUCAUUCUGGAGGUUAAAGAAGAGAGUAUAGAUGAGAGAUAAGAAGGUGAAAGUGGUGGUAUCGGAAGCUGCAUAAGAAAAACAGCAAUGGAGAUUGAGAGGAGGGUACAAUGGGUGGGUAAUAUAGUUUAAGAAUUUCUGAGAUCAAGUAUUUUGAAUCCAGGUGUGGAAGUGAAAAUGGACUGCACAUUCAAAGCAAGUUCACCAAAAACAGCAGAGCAAAUAGAAUUCUGAGUGAACAGGACUACAAAUUAAACAGGUUUGGUUUUUACAGGUUGGUGAAUGGUGAUACCUUCAGUGGAUGGGAUCGAGUGCGCCAGAGAGAACGAAUGAAAUCGGGAAUUCAUGCCGGGCAAGCCUGCAGUGUCCCUGCCUCAAUAACCACAACUCAGCAAGUCACAGUGAAAUCCAGAAGUGCCAACACCUGCAUUUACAGCCUCAGUGCUUUAGACUUUCAGACCCUCCAAGAAAAAUGCUGCUGCAUUAUGUGGAAAUAAGCACUAAAGGAACACCAAAAUUGAUUUUCCCUUCUCAUCAUUAUAUAUCAUAAUCUAUAUUUCUGUCUGCUUCCACUUGUCUAUAAAUGCAUUCUUCAUAUUCAAAGUGAAACUUUUUAAAGUUGAAAAUUUGUCAUCUCAAA